CGCUGGAGGAAGAAAGGGAGAGGAGCGGCCUGCCUCGAGUUCUUUGGAGACUCCUCCGGCGCUCAGAAGUUUCUAUCUUCUGCAUUUGGGGGUCAAGAUGGCUAAUUCGGAAAUGGAGCAGGAUUUGCAGCGGUUCCUUCAGAACGUAGAUGAAGUUACCAACUUGAUUCAAGCCAUGAAUUCGACCAUCCCGGUCCAGGCGGAAGUCAUCGCAGAGGCAGAGAAAUUGCUCAGCUCCAUGGAACUCAAAGAGGGGAAUAAACGGAAGCCCCAGGUGGACAGGACAGUCAUCAACACGCGAGCACCGGAUUUGCCAAAUCACGAGGAAAUGAUGACUCAAGAUGGCUUCAUGGCUGCUUUAGAAAAGGAUGCUGAAGAGCGUGCGAGGAGAAGGAAGGAAAACGAAGCCUUUGCAAGUGCACUGAAAGACAAAGGGAAUGAUGCUUUCAGCAAAGGAGACUAUGAAGCGGCUAUUGAGAAGUACACAGAAGGCCUAAAGAAGCAGAAGGACAUGCCCAUGCUGUAUACCAACAGAGCCCAGGCUUACAUCAAGUUGCAGAAGUAUGACCAAGCCAUCAACGAUUGCAACUGGGCUUUAAGGUGCGAUGAAAAAUGCAUCAAAGCCCUCUUCCAUAUGGGGAAGGCAUACUUAGCCCUGGAGAAGUACAGCAAGUCCAGAGAGUGCUACCUGAAGAUUUUGGAAAUCGACCCCCAAAAGGAGAAGCUGUGUAAAGGUUGCAUCGAGGAAGUCGACGCGGAGGAAAAAACGAAGCGCGAGGAGCAGAGCGCCAAGGAGGCCUUUGAAUCGGGGAAGAGCACAGCGGUCUUUGUGAGCCAGUUGCUGGAGAAGCUCAGCGUGCCUGAUAACAGCCCCUCCUACUAUGCAAAAAGGAUCAGGAUCUUGACCGCCGCAGUGCAAGAUUGUACCGAGCAGACCUUGUUUCGGACAAACAAUGGAUUCAGUGUCAUCAAUGACAACGAGGUCAUCAGACGGCUCCUCCGCUCCAAGACCAAAUCACCUGCUGAUGUGGAGCUGACUCUGUCCGUUCUCCUCUUAUGGCAAGCUGUUUGCAAAGGGAAUGAGGAGAACCAGCGCGUCCUUCUAACUCACCCCGAUGUGAACUUGCAGCUUCCAAGCCUGUUGCUUUCGGAGAGCCCCGAAAUCCAAGAGCAGUGCCUGGGUCUGCUCUCUCUCUAUGCGGAUACCGAGAGCGGGAGGAGCUUACUGGUCCGACACCUGGACACCACCAAGUGGCUGCAGCUCUUCCUGUCUUUCAUCAAGCUUUCUGACAAACGGGCCCGCUACGCCAUGAACUUGCUGAUCGGCUUAAUCGCAGAGGAUAAGUUCAAAAUCCAGUGCCGCAUCAAGCUUUCCACGGAGGCUUUGCCACUCUUCAUAGAGUUGCUGGGUUCAGUGGAGACGUUGAAUGAGGUGGUCCUGGCGCAGUGCAUUGCUGUAAUGGGAGACCUCUGCUCCGAUGUGGUCAUCCAGAUGCAGAUGGCCGAAAGCCAGGAAUGCUGGGAGGCCUGCGUGAAGUUUGUGGAUGAAUGCUGGGUGGAAGGCAAGAUCACACAAUACCCAGAGAGUCUGUAUGCAGUGCUUGGCUUAAUGAUGAACCUCUCCCUACAGCCCAGCUUGGCCGUUCAGGAAUUUGCCGAAGAAAUAACUAAGAGAUGCAUGUCCCUCCUCAACAACAAGGAAGAAAGAAUUGUGACUCGAGCCGUUGGGCUUCUCAGCCGCAUCCUUCCUGGCAGUCUAGUGGCGCUGGAAGAGGCCAUGAAGCAAGGCGUGGUGAAGAAAAUGGUCAAGUUCCUGAAGAUUGGAGAGGAGACCACAUCUGGCUAUGCCUUGAAGACCCUGGCGGUUUGUGUCAGAAACAGCCGGCAGGCUGUGGAGCAGCUUGUGAAGUCAGACAAAAAAUGUAGCACAUUACUGAAACGCCUGCGUUCGCAGAACGAAGGGGUGGCAGGAAACGCGGCCUUCUGCCUCGGGAAAUGCCUGGAGGUCCCUGGGACAGCCACAGUUUUGCUCGACACAAAUGUUGUGAAAAUCCUCUUGAAAGUGGCCGGGAGGGAGGCGGAGAAGACUGCGGUGCAAGAGAACGCUGCCAUCGCUUUAGGGAAGCUCUGCACCGCCGAUGCCAGGCACACCAGUCGGUUGCGGGAGCUGAAUGGGAUGGCGGUCCUCAACGAAGCCAUGAAGCAUGUGCAGCACUGAUUUUCAAGACUCUUUAAAAUGUUCUACAGUUUUUAAAAACAAAAGCAAAUAAAGAUGUUGAAUAGGA